CGAUGGCGUGAUUGCAUCAGCUUCCCAGAAAAUAUGUUUCUUUACUUCGGUUUCAAUUCUUCAUUUCGAUUACGUUUUCGAUUCAAUGAACGAUCCAUGUGAUUUCUCCAGUUCCAGUUGGGGCCGAUUUCUGAACUCUUCUGUUUAAAUCUUCGGACCCUUCAAGCGGCAAAGGAACUUCCAUGGAAGAAAGCAAAACAAUGUAUCCGAGGGUGAAAGUGAGGGAAGAGAAAGAAGAAGAUGAGGAGUUCGUUGUAGAUGAGGACAACUCUUUUGUACAAGAGGAGACGUGUUCAUUGCCCUUGUUCAGGAUUUUAGAAUCUGUCUCUUUAGAGGAGCAAUCUUCACACGGAAUUUCUUCACCGAUCGAUGGAGGGAAGAAGUCUCAAAAUGAUUUCUCACCAUCAGUUGUAAGAAUCCCAGCUGAGGUAGCACCAUCCAUACCCAUGUCUAAAGGAGGGAAGAACAAUAAAGAAAUUGAUGAAGAUACCAGAAUAAGAGCUAGUUCAAUUCCACGCCCUCGUGCUGUCAUAUCUAGUCCUGAUAAUGAUAGGAUGAUUGGAAGUAGAAAAUGUUCUGCAAGGGCUCUAUCUUCGAACUUGAAAAAGUCUAAUUUGGACCAAAAGUCACCAGCCCAAGAUAAGGUCAACUGCAUUAAAGCAGCAACUCCCAUGAGCACAAGAAGAGGGUCACAUGAAUCUGUUGAUCAUAAGAGUCUCCCUGUUGAAAAGAAAGGUCCACAGCUAACAGUUCCAAAUCGGAAAACAUCUCUUCGAAAAGAGAAGCCAAGCUGGGUGCCAAUUUAAAUGUUUAAUGACUUCAAAGUGGAUCAGUUUGCCCUCAACCAAAUUAUGGCUGGAUUAUAAUGUUAAAAAGGCUCAAAGUUGUUUGACAUAGUUAUGGGUAUUGUAUGUGAAUAGGGUUGUCAAUUUAUGCUUUUCUCGCCAUGUAAGAAUCGGAAUAGGGGCUUACAACCAGUUAGAUAUUCUUCAGUAUCAGAGUUCAUCCCACCCUGCUUUUUCCUUUCUUCUUCCCCUCUCAAUGGCUUGGCUUUGGGUUGUCAGUUUUUCUUUUCCCUUCUUAAGUAGAGGCAUAUGGCCAUGUCAUCUAUCAAAAAACUGGAGACUGUCCUUUACAGCUCAGGGCCUAUAAGAGUAAUCAUGUUGUCUAGUGUUCUUUGUACCCAAAGGGAGUAACCCUGUUGUUUUGUUGCAUGGGUAUGCAUAUAAAUGAAAAUGAAACUGAGAAUCAGAAUUGAGUAUCAA